AAGAUUUUGACUUCGACGCAUAUUAUAUAAUCGAUAAAGAUAAACGAAGGGCUAGAAUAAAGAAAGAAAAAAACAAACCCUCUAAGGUUGCAUAUUGUUAUGAUGAAGCUGAAAACGCUUACCUUAAAGAAGAAAACUGUCAAGCCUGA